AAGCACUGCGUUGUCCAGGCAGACCCGUGCUCCAUCCGCCGUCGCAGGUGAGGUGAGACGCUCCGCCCCCAUCCCGCCGCCGCGAGGAAUGGAGCAGCUUUGGCGCACGCGGCGUUGCGGUAGCUCCCACACUACCUGCUCUGCGACGGCGCCUCCCCCGCCUGGCGGCAUCACCGGUUAGCCUUUGGAAAUCUUCCCAGACCGAGGCCGCAUCCGCAUGCCUCGGAUUCUUUCCCUUCGCGCGGCGGCCGGGCAUGACCGGCACCCCGCGCUGCCGUGCCCCUGAUCCGGCCGCCGCCGUUCUCCCGGUGCUACUCCGGAUCACGGCUUGUUGAGCGCCUCUGUGGAUCGCCACAUCAAGUGUUUGUUCAAGGGAGUGUUAGCAUGGCCAUUGGGCUAUAAGACAUAAUGACAGUUCAGACACACUUGCCAAAAGAAAUGCAGCCUUCACGAAGGCGUUAGUCAGGCAGCACACUAGCUCCGAUCACUGAUUCGGCAGACGCCUUGGGCAGGAUGGCUUGUGCCAAGGUGCUUACGGGUGUUGGGUCCAAUUAUUUUGGGCGUGCCCGUCAUGGUCUGCGUUUGUGGGCUUGCCAAACAUGCGCCCAACCAAAGCAUGUUGCUUAGCAACUAAAAGUGCUGACAAUGACUCAAGCAAAAUUCCAAAGAUGAUAACAAUAUAUACUGCAUCAGUUUUGCCACUGUAACUUCUACGUAGAAGACGGAUCUAUUCUAAUAAAGUAAUAGUUCCAGUGUACCAAAAACUCUUGUUACCUUGUUAACCCAGAAUCAAGUCAUCAACGAUACAAGCCUGUUGGAACUUCCAAAGAGUAGUCUUCCGUAGUUUGAUCAGGUUGACUGCAAUGUUUGUCUAUUUCUGCCCAGUGGAUAUGAAGGUGCCAAAGGAAUAAACCGAAAAUUCCAACAGCAUUCCUUGGAUACGUCAAUAUGCCAAUACUUUGCCUUUACCGUGGAUAUUUCCAAAUUCAUUCGAACAGACACGUGCCAACAACCAGAGGAGUUGAUCCAGCCAAGACACCCAAGUAAGCACUAGUUCCUAAGUCCUGUAUGAACACACCAAUCCUUCCUCAAGAAGGCAGAAACGAUGGACAGGCCAUGCGCACACGAGCAGGUCACUGCGGAUGACCUGACGCAACUUGGCCCGGCCUUGUACGAGUGCAUGGCGCAUGUGAUCGAAGGAUCUGUUGAGAAGACUGAUCGCAGCUUUAUGAAGAUCAGCAAGCUCGCCUCCGUAGUGGACGGGCCACUGCAGCGUAUGUCCAGGAUAAUCGCCCACAGCUUAGCCCGCCGCCUUAUAUGCCCCGUCCAGGGCUUUGCUGCUGCCCUCAUCGAUCCAUCGCACUACCUCGAGCAGUCCUGCCUCCGGGCUGCCCGCGAGAACUUCGCCGACAUCAGCCCCUACCUCAGCACUGGCUUUGUCACUAUUAACCGGGCCAUGCUGGAGCAAGUCCAGGAUCAAAAGGUUGUCCGCAUCGUUGACUUGUCCUGCUCAACCACCCACCAGUGGCAGUGGAUCAAGAUUCUUCAGGAUUUCCAUAGCCGCCCUGGGGGCCCGCCCGAACUACGCCUAACUGUUGUCCAUGAAGACAGUGAGUUCCUGGACAACAUGCAGGCGUGCCUGUGCAAGCAAGCCGCUAACCUCAAGCUAUGUUUUUAUUUCGACAAGGUGAUUGGCAAACUCGAGACAUUGGACUUCAGCAAUCUCCGUGAGAUCCUUAAGAUAAACUUCGGCGAGGCAGUUGUGAUCAGCUGCGCUCUACAGAUGCAUCGCCUCCUCGCGGUUGAUGACAGCAUAAGCCGUGACUUCACUGCUCAGCUCCAGCAAAUGGCAAACAUGGCUCGGCUUAAGCAAAUGGCCUGCUCAGCGUGCAGUCCGGCAUCGACACUGAACUAUCCGCAGACACCAUCCCCUCAACGCCAGAUACCAAGCCUGCUGGUGAGCUUCCUCUACGCCAUCCGUGCCCUUGAGCCGAAGAUCAUUGUGAUGAUGGAGCAAGACGCGGACCACAACGCCCCGCUGUUCCACGAUCGGUUCACCAAGACAGUCGACUACUACGCCGCCCUCUUCGACAGCCUCAAUGCGGUGGAUGCAGCCAGCCCGCAGAGGGCUCGCGUGGAGAGGGUGCUCCUUGGGGAGGAGAUCAAGAAUAUACUGGUAUGCGAGGGGGUCCAGAGGCAUGAGCGGCAUGAGAGGCUGAGCCAGUGGGAAAUGCACAUGCAGCGUUGCGAGGUUGACCAUGUGCCGCUCAGCUUUGAAGCCAUCAGGGAGGGCAAAGAGAGGCUGAUGAGCUACGGAUUGAAACAAUGCAAGAGCAAAGAAGACAAGGCCGGCCUUCUGCUGUGCUGGGGUGCAACUCGUCUGUACUCCAUUUCAGCCUGGAGACCACGCAGCUCGAAUGCAGCGCCAAAUAAUGUGGCUGGCUAGCGCAGUACGUCUCCCAGUUCGUGGUGAUUUCUGGGGCUGCGAAUAAGACGCUGUUGCUUGAGGUACAGCAUGCUUGAAUGGCAACUCAAAUUGAUUGGUGCGAUGCGAAGCUUAGGUAUGUAGAGAUGAAAGUGAUGUGCUAUUUUCUGGAGAAUGUUACCGAACUGAUCUCGUCGUACUUUUACCCUGCCUUCAUCAAAGUUGGGUUUUCGGAUUAGGACAUGGUUUAGGGUGUAUUUUUUUCUAUGUUAUUGAUCAUCUUCAGUUGACCGGCUGAAAGAGAGCAGAGUUGGUUUUGGAGUUGCAAAGAAGCAUAGUAAGAUGGCACGCAUUCUUGUGAUUGCCUGCUUCGAUAUGCCAUAUGUUUUCCUUGAAUUAGGAAUAUACCCAGUGUGAUGUUCCUUGUCUUUUCCUGCAUAAAAGUAUGUGUGCAAAUUUGUUGACCAGAAAUAAGCAUUGGAUGUAAAAGGAUGCAGUACAUGAUGUGGUCAAA